AUGGUCAACAGGGCUGCCAACAUGUGGAGCUCAUCGGGGCCCGUCUCGGCGUUGGUGAUGCUGGUUGUUACCGCCGUGCACGCGGGAGUGAAGGUGACCCCCGCUGUGAAGGACACGAAGACAAAGCCCUUACAGCUGUGUGACUGCUGCCCGCCUGCCGCGGGGCCCUGGGGGCAGCCAGGGGAGCAGGGACCCCCAGGUCCCAAGGGGGAGAAGGGAGAUGCUGGUAUGCAAGGUCUGCCGGGAACCCCGGGUCCUCAAGGUCCAAAAGGUUCUAAAGGAGAAAGAGGGGAGCAAGGCGAGCGAGGAGUAAGUGGAAACCCCGGUUAUCCAGGCAAACCUGGCCUGCAAGGUGACGCUGGAAUAAAAGGCAAUAAAGGCAACUACGGCUUCCCUGGUUUGAAGGGACAAAAGGGGUCCAAAGGGGACACUUGUGAGAAUGGGACCAAAGGAGACAAGGGAGAUAAAGGGGAUGCUGGGGACCUGGGAGCGGAUGGAGAGCGGGGUGACAAAGGGGAAAAGGGAGACACAGGGGAGAAGGGGUACUGCGGGGAGCCGGGGGGAAGAGGUGCGAAGGGAGAAAGAGGGGAAGGGGGGACAAAGGGAGAAAAAGGGAGCAAAGGGGAGAUGGGGGCUGAGGGUAUUCAGGGGGUGGAUGGAAAACAGGGAGAAAAGGGUGAGCAAGGAAGUAAGGGUGAGAAGGGGGACCUGGGACCUGCCGGCUUGAUGGGACCUUCUGGGCCCAAGGGGGUUGCUGGCAGCAAGGGGGGCCGAGGGGCCCCGGGAAAGAAAGGCUCCCGUGGGGUGAAGGGUGCCCGAGGGGACACCGCAAAGCUCCUGCGAUCAGCGUUCAGCGCCGGCUUGUCCAAGCCCUUCCCUCCACCCAACGUCCCCAUUAGAUUUGACAAGAUCUUGUACAAUGACCAAGAAGAUUAUAACCCUUCCACCGGGAAAUUCAACUGCAGCGUGCCUGGGGCGUACGUCUUCGCCUACCACUUGACGGUGAGAGGGCGUCCAGCCCGCGUCAGCCUCGUCGCCCGCAGCAGGAAGGUGGCCAAAGCCCGUGAGACGCUCUACGGCCAGGAGAUCGACCAGGCAUCCUUCCUGACUGUCCUAAAGCUGAAUGCGGGCGACCAGGUGUGGCUGGAGGUUGCGCGGGACUGGAACGGGGUCUACGUCAGUGCUGAGGAUGACAGUGUCUUUACAGGGUUUCUUCUGUAUCCAGAUGUUUUUGAGAUCCUGCUAUAG